CAGCGCGAGCCAGCCCCUCGGAACGGCAGCAAUCAGUGGCGUGUUUACUUGCUUUGUCAGCGGUGUCCCCGCAGCAGCUAUCUCAUGUCCCUCCCCUGCUGCUGAUCAAAACCUUGGACCUUUGACUCGGAGUGACUUAUCUCGUCGUCACGGCUCCCUAUCAGCAGUUUCAUCAAGCGUCUUGCGGACCUUGAACGGGGGUACAUCGGGUUCACUUUUUUUUUUCUUGCUCACAAGCAAAGAUGACGUUAAAAUCCAAUAAAAACGAACCCGCGGUCAUACUAGAGCCGGUCAGCAGCGCCCGAACAGCCCUUUCAGAUCUCUACCUGGAGCAGCUCCUCCAAAACAAACCAAAGUCUGACAAGGUAGGUAUGCAAACCUGUGAGAGUAAAGGAGCUGAGGUUUACACUAACGGCUGUGCUGGACACAUGAAUGGUGCAGAGCUGACCAGGAUGAAAGAAGUAGCAUUUGAGAAGAAUCCCUCGGAGCCGAUGGGGGUCACUCUGAAGCUGAACGACAAACAGCGGUGCACGGUGGCCAGGAUAUUGCACGGGGGAAUGAUCCACAGACAAGGGUCUUUGAAUGAAGGGGAUGAAAUAGCAGAAAUCAAUGGAAAAAGUGUGACAAACCACACUGUGGAUCAGCUGCAAAAGAUUCUGAAAGAAACCAAUGGAGUGGUCACUAUGAAGAUCAUUCCCAAGAUGCCGAAUCGAUCCAGAGUCUGUGAGAUGUACAUGAGGGCCCAGUUUGACUACGAUCCCACCAAAGAUGAGCUCAUCCCGUGCAAAGAGGCCGGCCUAAAGUUUCAGACUGGUAACAUCAUCCAGAUCAUCAACAAGCAGGAUCCAAACUGGUGGCAGGGCAGAGUGGAGAGCAGUGCCGUGGACUUUGCUGGACUGAUCCCCUCCCCAGAGCUCCAAGAAUGGAGAGUGGCCAGUAAAAGCAAAGCCAGGGAGGGCAGCCAGUCCUGCAGUCCGUUUGGAAAGAAAAAAAAGUGCAAAGACAAAUACCUCGCUAAACACAGCUCGAUUUUUGAUCAGCUGGAUGUGAUCUCUUAUGAAGAAGUUGUGCAGCUCCCUGCGUUCAAAAGGAAAACUCUGGUGCUCAUUGGUGCACCUGGUGUAGGAAGGAGCCACAUUAAAAGUGCUCUGCUCACAAAAUACCCAGAGAAAUUCUCCUACCCUGCCCCCCACACAACCAGACCCCAGAGGAAGGAUGAGGAGAACGGCCAUGAAUACUUUUUCAUCUCAAACGAAGCCAUGACCAAGUGCAUCUCAGGAAAUGAGCUACUUGAGUAUGGCAGCUUCCAGGGAUUCAUGUUCGGUACCAAAUUUGAGACCAUCCACAAGAUCCACGAUCAGGGCAAAAUCGCUGUGCUGGAUAUAGAGCCACAGACAUUGAAGCUCGUGCGGACUGCUGAUUUUGCCCCCCUGGUGGUGUUCAUAGCCCCUACCAACACAGCUCCACAGACGGAAAAUUUGCAGAUGAUCCAAAAGGAGUCGGACGCCAUUUUGACCACAUAUGGACACUUCUUUGAUGUGGUCCUCAUCAACAACGACGUGGACGAAAGCGUCAAAGGGGUUGAGGAGGCCAUGGAGCGCGCCAUUUCCACCCCGCAGUGGGUUCCCGUGUCGUGGGUGUACUGAAAACACCUGGCACCAAUGGGAUUCCCUUGUGUUUGUUGAAAAGCAGUGCAAUAUCACUCCUUGAUCCAAACCUCAGAGUUUGGGAUGUCCCAGGUCCUUAUUUUUUGUUAAUCAACCGGGUUUUAGGGGUAUUUCACAAAUGCAGGAAAAGAAAAUAAGCAAUAUAUAGACAAGUUUAUCUCAGAUGGUUGAGAACCUCACCAGGGACGUUCUACUUAGUUUUCAGGCUUUUCUGCUUUAGUCUUAUGUUAACCUGAUCCCUCAGAAGAACCUGUUUCUUAUACCUACAUUGGUCCACAGUGCAGAAACUUUGCAGUUUCACAAUGAACCCCCCAAAGUGUUAUGAUGUCUUCACAUUGUUGUUCAGCAUCUAAAACAUGGUCUACACAGUGUUAAUGCUUCCUGUUCAAACAUGUUUGCUGUGCUCAUAUAUUCACAAACUCUCAGAAAGAACAGGGGUUGGAUGCCCACAUCCACAAAUGUUUCCAGUCCUUUCACCUCUCUCCUUUCCCAUCAGUAAAUGGUUAAUAGUCAAAAACAAACUGUUGAACUCUGAUGUUACUCUGAUGUUUGGGUAUUCAGCUUUGUAUCCGUGGCGUGCUGUACCAGUCAUGUCACAAGUUAUUGACUGUAUUUUCCUUUGCUGGUGUGGACAAAGACACUCAUUGCACCUUUUCUGGAGAGAUUUGGCUUCUUUUGAGGGGCUAGCUGUCAAGAUUUAGCUAAGAUUUAUGAACAUUAGGAAAUAAGAGAAAAAAGAAAGAAAAAGGACCACAACUGUGAAUUAAAUGAUCCAUUCAAAAGAAACAGAAAUUCAUCACCACCUAGCUUUUAUUCUGAUUUCAUUUUUUAUCUGUUUUUGUAUCACAUUGAACUAUGAGAUUACGAUUUUUAAGGCUGUGUGCUCAUGCCGUGUAACACUCCAUACAAACUCCACAGAACAUUUCAUUAAACCACUGAUAACCUCACAAUACUGUACACUGGAUUUAAUCAAAAUUGUAUACCUCAUGAGGGUACUGUAAAGGCACUUUUAAACAAAAAAGAAAUAAAUGUCCUAAUUCUGUGUAA